GUAGGUGUCUAAAUAUCGAAACGCAAUUCAGUCAACGGAGCGCGAUGGUCAUAGCAUGUAGUAAUCGUAGGCACGUUAAUGUACAAAGUGGUAGCAAUGUCGGACGCCGAGUCGGAAUCGGAAUAUACGGAUCAUUCCCAUAGGCCUAUAUUGGGAAAGGCACAAUUAUCCACCAAGCGUAGGUUCAGAGUGCGUAAACGUAAAAGUAGAAAGAAGAAAUUUCAGGGCACACAUCGACGUAGAAAGUAUAUAUGCCUUGCCAUUGCAGCUUUGGUAACCAUUUUCUUAUUAGCAGCGUUUAUAUCGAUCAGUGACAAUAACAACAGUAACAAUAAUGGAACAAGUGCGUAUGAGGAAGCAGCAGUAAGCACUCCUUCUUCUAGGAGGAGGACAAAAUCGAUAGCAGUUUUAAAUAGGCAGAGAAACGAUGUGCCUUUGUUCGGCGGCUAUUGUUCCGUUACAUUAAGUAACAAUACUCAAUUGAAAGACUCUAGAAGUUUUGAUGCUGUUGUUAUAAAUUCAACUCUUGAUAAUAUAUUAAGUGGUCGUGAUCUCAUCAACGUGAACGCAGACCAUUCACUUAUCAUUUUCUGCACAGACAAACCGUUACAAUUUAGCAAUAGCAGUAAUAUAUCGUUGGCGAAUUCCCACUUGCGUAUUUACGAUAAAAUAUUUUCAUAUUCCUUGAAGUCCGAUUUCGUUUAUCAACCAUACAAAAUAGUGAGACGAAAUGAUUCGAGAAUUAUGUCACCCACAUUGCAACCGCAUUGGGAUGUGCCGCAAGCGACCUUCGAGUCACAUAUUUCAAGAAAUUUAUUUUAUGAAAGUGUGAUAGAUUCAUCCCCAUUGGCGUUGGCCAUACUGAAUCGACCCUGUCAAGUAGCACGUAAGGAAUUGAUCGAGCGUAUAACUCAAAAUAUGGACGUGCACACUUAUGGCGAAUGUGGUGAAUAUAGCUGUGACGAAGGCUCCUGCAAAUUCGUACCACAUAGUCGAGGGAAUAAAACGUAUAAGUUUUUCUUGGCCUUCGAAGAGGAACUGUGCGAGGAUUACGUUAGCGAGAGCUUUUUCAAAGCUUUGAACGGCAGCAUGUUGCCGGUAGUCUUCGGUGGUGCUAAUUACACACGUUUCGCGCCCCCCAACUCGUACAUAAACGCUCGCGAUUAUGCGAGUAUACGCGAACUAACCGAAUACUUGCUCUAUUUGGACCAGAACCCCGAGGAACACAUAAAAUAUUUCACAUGGUACGAAAGGUAUUACGUCCGAGGGUAUUCUUAUGACUUGCAGGAUAUCUGCGAAUAUUUGAAAAAAGCUGAUAAGGUCAAACUAAAGGUUGACGCUUUGAAGGCAACAAAUACAACAAUUGCAAGUUGGUUAAAUGAAAAUAUGUGUCAACCAUAUGAAUUGCCCGAAACGUGGACUUCUUAAGACUUUGAUUCAAGUCAUGAGGGGGUCGAAAUAUAUGUUUAUACAUAUAUAUGUAGUUAUGUUAAGUCAUAGUAAAUUACAUGUGUAAAUAACAUUAAUUCGUAGCAGGGAGCAAUUGGAUGGACUUUUUACGCCUUUUCGCCAGUAUUAGUCGAGAUAAGAUUGUGCGGCCGAUAUAGCAGUAUAAUAUAUACAUAUGUAUAAUAUAAACGUGUUUGUGUUGUAUGAUAAAUAUGGCUCAGAUUUUUUAUUUAUCCACACUAUUUAUUGAAGUUAUGUAGAUAAUAUUUUAAACAAUUUUUUUUUACAAAUUGUGUCUCUAGAAUUAAAUUAAUGGCGCAGAAUGUCAUAAAUUUUCUUACUGAUAAAUAUAAACACAUUUGGGUGCAGUUAUAAAUAUUUUUGUUCCCAAUUUAUUCGACUGUAUCGCACCUAAGACACUGAAUUAGAGUUUGACUGCUGUAGGUCUACGUUGUACCUGGCAGAAUUGAGAACAAAAAAUAUUACUAAAUAUUUCAAAUUCAUGCAUUUUCAAAUAAAACAUUAAUUUUUAAUAUCAAUCGA